AUGUCUUGGGACGACGAAGCUAUCAAUGGUUCUAUGGGUAAUGACGAUGCCGUGUUAAUGGAUUCUUGGGAUGCGGCUGGUGAUGAUGAACCAAUAAUGGAUUCAUGGGAUACUGAAGAAACUACUGAGAAAAAACCAGAGCCAAAGAAGAAGGAAACCAAGCCUGCUGUGAAGAAAGCUGUUAAGGGUAAAGGUAAGCAAAAUGGUAACGAGAAAGUCCUGAUGGAAAUUGACUCAUUGGAUGAAAAGACUCGUAAAGAAUUGAUCAAAAAGGCCGAAAUGGAUUCUGAUUUGAAUAAUGCUGCCGACCUAUUCGAAGGCCUAGGUGUUGCUGAAAAGCAUCCAAGAGAAUUGGCUAUGGAGAGAGAUGCUGAACAUGCAUCACUUCUAAAGCAUGCUAUCAUGACUAAAGAUACCCCAUUCGAACAACAUCCUUUAAUUGCCAAUGCUGAAUCAAAGAGAGAUUACCAAGAUUUGAGAAAAGCUCUUGCCAGUGCUAUUAUUCCUCUAAAUGCGAAGUCCUCUCUAAACUACUCAUCUUCUUUGACUAUUGAUUUAAUCAAGGAUAUUUCUAAGCCAAUGUCUAUCGAAUCUAUUAGACAAACUGUUGCUACUCUAAAUGUCUUGAUCAAGGAAAAGGAAAAGGAAGAAAGACAAGCACGUCUAGCAAAGGUUAGAGGUGGUACUGCCACUGGUGGUGCUGGUAAGAAGAAGGCUAAGGGUAAAACUAACUUAGGUGGUGCAUUCAAGAAGGAUAAUGAUUUCGAUCUUGAUAGUAAUGACUAUGGUGAUUUCGGUGAUGACGAUUUCAUGUAA